AUGCUGGGGAUCAUGGCAUCACAGCCCUCUUGUUGGGGCAUAUUCCCCACACCAGCCAACAAUGAGCUCACCAGACACACUAUCUACCAUGAUCUUAACCCAGCCUGCCAGGAAAUCCGCCUGCUCAGAGUUCAUCUUGAGGAAAAAGACGGCUUUAUCCGGUGUGAGCUCCUACCAGCAGCUAGUCUGUCCAACAUCAGAGGGCAGUACACGGCAAUAUCCUACUGCGCGGGAGACCCUAGGAGAACCAAAAAAAUAUUCGUCAACGGCAUGCCGUUCAAUGUCUUUGAGAAUCUUGCCCAUGUCUUGGAAAUGACAAGGAACUUCUGGACCAAGACAUUUCCCGAUAAAGAGUGCAUAAUCUGGGCCGACCAAAUCUGCAUUAACCAGUUCAACCUUGCUGAGCGCUCACACCAGGUCGGUUUCAUGAAGGGUAUUUACUCUUCAGCGGCGGAGACCUUGAUAUGCCUUUCCACCACCGACGUUGACCCUCGUGGAGUUGAGUGGCUGGUGAAGCUACACCAAAGUGUCGAUCCUGAUGGCGACUUCUACCAGUACUACUUCCACCUUGAGUACUACCUCCGAACCAACCUGGCCAACAAGCAAUUUGCCGACGAUUGGUUUGCAUUUUACGACGUCUUCAACAGCCCAUGGUGGAUGCGAACUUGGGUCUAUCAAGAGUUUAUUUCAUCCUCCAACAUCUAUUUUUUGUAUGGAAAAUCAUCUGUUCCCUGGAAAAGACUGUCAGAGGUACUCCCGACACUUCAAAAAUACAGCCACUUCCCAUACUUUGGCCCGGCUAUUACUGAACGCCAAGCACAAGUCGCAGACACAAAGAACAUUGUCAACUUUUUCGUAAUCAGUAAACUUCGGUUUGAUCGGGUUGGGCCAUUCGACUUGAUGGAUCUGCUUUCUCAAUCUCGACAUCUUCAGAGCAGCGAUAGCCGCGACGGGAUCUAUGCUUUCCUUGGUCUUGUUCGUGAGACCUACGGGAUCAUUCCAGACUAUUCCCCUGAGAACACUAUGGAACGGCUUUUGGUGGAUAUUGCAACGCGGAUUGUCUUGCAAGACAAAACAUUGGAUAUUCUCUCAGAUGCGAGCAGGGUGAGAGGAGAGCUGUCGCCACGACUUCCCUCUUGGGUUCCAGAUUGGACCACAAAGACUUGUGUCAGCCUUAUUCCAAGAACCAUCCGAGAUACAAGUGACGGAUCAGUCGCUUUAUUUCCUCGAAUCGUUCAAUCAGGGAAGCUAGAACUUCAAGGUUUCCAUAUCGGUGUUUUCAGAAAUGGAAAGCUUGGGUGGUACUUCCCCAACAGUCGGGACAGAUGUCGUCAUGAUGGUGAAGGUCGCGAGGAGUUGUGGGAUAUUGUCGGGGCUCAAGGUCCAUUUGUUUUGCGUCACGUGGGGAAUCAGUAUCAUUUUGUCAGGGAAGCACAGAGAAAUAAACCUGCUGGAUAUAAUAGCGUGGAGGAUGCUGUUCAGAGACAUGGAUUGCAAGCGCAGACAGUGGUACUCUCUUAA